AAUUCUCGUCUAAACUGUAUCUAUGCUUUUCAGGAUCGAGACUAACAACUCCAAAGCUUCUCCUGGACGUUUUAUAGAAAUUCCACGUGAUGGAGCAAAUGGUGUCCCCCCAGCCUCACUCAUACUCUGGAAUAUCGGACGACAUCUUCCAUUGGCAUCUACUCGACGGCCAUGUCCGCAAGGAAACCGAAAGAAGCUGCUCAUCGGAAAUAAGGACCACGAUCUUAUGGGCGCGCGACUCUCCGACUUCGUUGCUUCGGCGCCUGUGAAUAUCGCAUCUCAAGCCACGACGCGGUUCCAACGAUGCUCCAGCCACGCUAGAAUUACUUCGAAUGUCCAGGCGGAUGACUGCGGGAUUCCCUUGUCGUUGGAUGCGCGAAGAAACGGAUGAAGGUACUUAUGUGUAUUAAGCACAGCUUUGCUUUCGUAUGACACGACGAGGAGAUUCUGAACGUCUGCAUUCAAAUUUCUCCGUAUAUAUUGUGUGGCAAUGACGUAUGUAGUAGCAGCUGGCCGUAUAUAGCGUAGUGUAAACGUUCGAUUGUGAGAGAAUUUCUUAAGGAUUU